ACUGUUGGUGUGCAUCGCUGCUGCGAGGAGUGGGGCAUUCUUUUCGAUUUAAUUACAUUUCUGGAGUGAGCUGAAAAUUAUUUAGGUGGUCAAGGGAAUAAUUGACAUGUCUGGAGUGGUUUAGUGUUUAAUAUCUGUGUUUUGAAUUCCAACAUCAAGUUUAAAACAGGGAAGGAGGCCGUAGACACCUGUUGAACUGAAAUGGAGCCUCCAACCGAGUUCACGGCGGAUUCCGUCCGUGACUAUAUUCUGAGCAAGGGUGGAAAAGUAACAAACCAUGAACUAGUGAAACAUUUCAAGCCGUUUCUCACUGAUCCAGUAAUGAAAGACACGGCGCGCACCCAGUUCAAGGAGUACGUCAAUAUGCUGGCCAGCAUCAAACUAGAGGACGGUGAGAAGUACCUGGUGCUGAAGAAGAAGUACCGCCAGGGCCUGUUGGCCGAGGUGCUGAGCGACGUCGGCUCCGAGUACAGUUACGUGUCGCAGAGCACGACAGGCAGCACGCCCGACCCGCCCGACCUGGGCCUGCCGCCGCCGCGCGCCCCGCCGCCGUACCGGCCGCCGCCGCCGGCGCCUGUGCCGGCUCCGUUCCCCGGGCCGGCGCCGUACCAGCCGCCGGGCGCGUACAGCCCGACGUACCGGGCCGUACCGGCGCCGGGCGGGCCCCCGCCGGGACCACCGGGCCCCUAUGGUGGUCCCCCGCCGGGGCCGUACGUCGGUCCUCCCAGCCCGGCCGCCUCGCGCAACUCCAUGACCAUGGAGCGGAGUCCGGCGCUGGACGAAUACUACCACGUCCCCGAGAGCCGCCCGCUGGCCGACCCGCAGCCUGUCGGCCUGCCGCCCGCACCGCCGCCCGAGCUGUGGGCCCGCUCGGCACCGCGCCGGCCCGCCGAGCAGCCGCCGACGCGCCGCCAGGCCCCGCUACCGACACCGCCUCCACCGCCGGCUGAGCCGGCUGAGUGGCGGCCGGCGCUCCCGGUGGACCGACCGACGCCCCCGAUGGAGAGAGCGGCGCCCCCGAUGGAGAGACCGACACCCCCGACGGAUCUCCCCGUGGAGCGGCGACCGCCGCCGGCCGCCGAGCCGAGCCCCGACCGACCGUCACCGAUGGACGGCGAGCCGGCGCCUCCCGUGCCGCCCCGCCGCCGCUCCAUGGGCAAAGAGAACCAGACACCACCGCCGGCGGACGCUGCGUCCUCAGCAGAGGCCGAGGCUGCCAGAGAGAGUGCUGCCGAGGAGGAGCGACAGAAGAAGAUCAGCGUCAAGGAGCAGACGCAGAAGUUCAACCGGAUCGCCUCGGAGUCUCAGAUCCUGCAGCCGAAGCAGCUCAACAAGCGGCGCGACAGAGGCGACAAGACUCCAGUGGAUGACGAGGAUACAUCUUCUACAGCCACGUUCGAGGGCAUCAACAAGGACUGGCUUCUGGUGAGCAGCUCCUGCAAGUACAUGGAGAUUGUGCGCAUGCUGAAGGACAACCCGAAGCUGGCCAAACACAAGGACUUCAUCACGGUGAGUACCUCACGCUGUCACGAGAGCUCCCUGCACGAGAGCUCCCUGCACGAGAGCUCCCUGCACGAGAGCUCCCUGCACGAGAGCUCCCUGCACGAGAGCUCCCUGACACACUUUGCCUCGUGUUGCAACGACGGGAUCAGCGUCAGCAUGUUCCGCACCUUCUUUUGGGGCAUGGGUCACGUCCUGUUGGACAUAGUCAACUCCAGCCUGACGACCAGCAACGUGCCCGGCCCCUGGAAACAUGCAAUGGUAACGCCAAUCCCAAAAGGACAAGGACCAUCGGAGCCAGCAAACACUCGCCCGAUCUCCAUCCUGCCGGCGAUAAUGAAGGUUGUUGAGCGGGUCGUCCAGCGCCAGCUGGUGCAGUACUUGGAGGCCAACCAGCUCCUGUCAACCACCCAACAUGGCUACCGCAGCGGCCGCAGCACCGAGACGGCACUCAGCGUCAUCACCGACCGUGCGCUGGAGGCGAUGGACGCUGGAGAGGUGUCGAUCCUGGUGCUGUUGGACCUCUCCAAAUGUUUUGACGUUGUGCCGCACGGGAGACUGCUGGAUAAGCUCGCACUGUAUGGGGUAGAUACCGAGUGGUUCGGCAACUACCUAAGCGGACACACUCAGCAGGUGCAGAUGGCCAGUGGUGACGGUGGAUAC